AUGUGGUCGGCUAUUACUCUACUGACACACUAUCUAAAUGUACAUAACUUUCAAAUUUAUUUAUUAUCGUUUGUAUUUGUCGCCUGCAAUGCUGGUGGUGGCGGCGGGGGUUACGGUGGUAGCGGUGGCGGUGGCGGCGGCUAUGGUGGUAGCGGUGGAUUCAACUUAGGUGGUGGCGGUGGCGGAGGUUAUGGUGGUUUUGGUGGCGGAGGUAGCGGUGGUGGUGGUGGAGGAGGAUAUGGUGGUAGCAGUGGAGGUGGCGGCGGUGGUGGAAACUAUGGCGGUUCCGGACCGGUUACCGCUGCUGUCCAAUCGCAGCACACUGUCGAGUACCGACACGUCAACAUACCGCAGGAAGUCCCUCAACAUCAGGUUAUCGAAGUUGAUGGCGGCCAGUUACCGUUGACCAUACAUUUCAAAUCGGCAUCCAGUAACAUACAGGUACAGCAAACACAUCAGCCGGCACAAGCGGGCGAAAUACAACAAACCCAAUCGGAGGACGAACCCACCCGAUUGCAACACGAAGUAACCAAACCGAUCAUUCAGGAGAUUCGGGAAAUUAUUACACCCUAUCGUCGAGUGAUACAAGAAGUCAGACCCGUUCAGGAAGAAGUACAUACUAUUGUGGCCAGAGGUGAGGCCAGAGGUGGUGGUGGACAGGGAGGUAUCGGUGGUGCUGUUCAAGGAGGUGGUCAGUUAUUGGGUGGCGGCGGCGGUGCUGGUGGUUAUGGAGGAGCUGUUUCGCGGGGUAGUGUCUCAGUUGGUGGCGGCGCCGGAGGAUAUGGCGGUGUUAGUGGCGGUGGCGGCUCAUCAUAUGGUGGUUCAGGCGGUUCCGGCGGAUACAGUGCCCGAAGUUCGGUCUCCGAGGGCGCACACGUCGAACGUAAUAUCAUACGUGUCCUCGAAUCGCCCGGUAAAGUGGUCUACGGCGGUGCUGCCAGCAGUUAA